GGUAUCCGAGGAAACACAACGGACGCAUGUGAAGAGCAUGACCCUUGUCAACAUGGUGGCAUCUGCAUCUCCACAGACAGUGGGCCGAUCUGCGAGUGUCGAAACCUAGACUACGAGGGAAUCUUUUGUGAAAAAGACAAAGCACCAUCGGAAGCCACAUUCCGAGGAUUGGAGUUCCUGUGGUACGACCUGAGUAGGACGGGAGGAGAACCCAUCGUCAGUGCUCAGGACUCUAUAUCUCUCAUGUUCAAGACCAGACACCCCACGGGCUUGCUGUUUCAUACAGGAGAUGGGGACGAUUAUCUGAACCUGGCACUCAAGGACGGAGGAGUGAUCUUGACGAUGAGUCUGGGCAGUGGCAAACUGGACGUGCAGAUCAAGCCCAACAGAGUGCGGUUUGACGACAACCAGUGGCACAAAGUCACCAUACACCGCAGAGUGCAGGAGAUAUCAGCUGUAACCAGUUUUUGCAGGCUGUCAGCUGUGGUGGACGGUGUGUACUCUGAACACUCCAACACAGCAGGAACGUUCACUAUGUUGUCCUCCAGCAGAGUGUAUGUGGGAGGUAGUGAGAACACCAUCGCCCUGCCUGGCUCUCGGAUACACGCUAACUUCAUCGGCUGCCUCAGGAAGGUGGAGUACUCUGCAGACACCCUGAAGCUAAACCUGAUAGAGCUGGGCCGCACAGGCAGCAGGUUGAUAGCAGUGGCCGGACACAUAGACUUCAUGUGUCAGGAGGUAGAGGCUGCAGACCCCAUCACCUUCACCACCCAGGCAUCUCAUCUGGUUGUGCCUGCAUGGGAUGCUACGAGGAGUGGGUCUAUCUCCCUCAAGAUCAGAACUGUGGAGGCCGACGGACUUAUCAUUUACAGCAGCGGUCCUCGUACCUCUCAUCUGGCACAAGCAGAUCUGUUUGCCCUGGAAAUGGUUGGAGGACAUCUGUACCUUCACCUGGAUCUAGGGUCAGGUGCUGUCAAAGUGAAGGCAACCACUCGGCGAGUGGACGAUGGAAUGUGGCAUGAGAUCAUGUUGAAGCGCAAUGGACGGGAGGGACGACUCACCGUAGACGAGAACGCUGCAGACUUCAGCACUCCAGGGGAAUCAAACCAGCUGGACCUGGAAGGUGGGAUGUACAUCGGUGGCCUUGGUCCCAUGACCUUCCCCCUCCCUCCAGCUCUUUGGUCUGCUGUACUCAAUGUUGGCUACGUUGGCUGCAUGAGGGACUUUGUAGUCAAUGGGAAAGCUCUUGACAUCGCUGAAUAUGCAAGACAACAAGACUUCAGCUCCAUCCAACCAUCCUGUCACUCUCUGGGAACCCAGUGUGACUCCCAGCCUUGCAUGAACUCUGGCCUCUGCUCCGAGGGCUGGAACCGGUUUAUCUGUGACUGUUCAGCCACCAGUUUUGCUGGACCAACUUGCGGAAAAGAGGCAACCACUCUGAGUUUCAAUGGGUCUCAGCACAUGGUUGUGAUUCUACCGCAGGAGCUGAGGUCUCAAACAGAGGACGUGACUCUCAGGUUCCGCACGACUCGUCCUCUCGGUCUGCUGCUGGUCACCAGCACGGACCAAUCAGCUGACAGACUACAGCUGGCGAUAUCCGCUGGCCGUGUGAAGCUCACUAUCCGUAUCGGGGACAAGGAAAAGACGAUGCUAUCUGGUCAAGGGCUGAAUGACAACCAGUGGCACUCAGUCAGUUACUCUCGUAGAGCCAGCAGCUUGAACCUGCAGGUGGAUGACGAGGCUCCCAUCAGAGUAGAGACAGUGUUGGGCAAGCAGAGUACUCUGGAGCUGAGGUCAGUACACGUCGGAGGAGUCUACCACAUGGAGGAAGAUGUCCAAGUUAGCAGCUCCGUGCCUGUGCCAAGCUUUGUGGGAUCCAUGCAACAGUUCAAGUUCAACGGCCAGAACUACUUUGAAAUUGCUCGAUCUGCUGGUGGUUCGUCGACCCAAAAAGGAACACGGUAUAAUCCUGAAAUCCACGUAACAGCGAACUUCAGUAAGAGGGACCACCAACUUGUUCAUCAUCCUGUCACCUUCAAGUCCAAGCACACCUUUGUUGGUCUGCCAGUGUUGAAGGCUUACUCCGCCACAAACAUAUACUUUCAGUUCAAAACCAGAGAGUCAAGUGGUCUCAUACUGUACAAUGCUGGGAGAGAGCAGGACUUCAUUGCUGUUGAACUGGUGAGUGGGCAUCUGCACUACAUCUUCAACCUGGGGGAUGGGCCAGUGCGGGUGAGGGACAAUGCUCGGGCCAGUCUCAACGAUAACAAGUGGCACACAGUGACCAUCGGGCGGCCGAGUCCCAAACAGCACACUCUCAUGGUGGACGACACCUUCGCCAUCGUCACCAGUCUGGGCAUGAAUGAGAAACUAGACCUGGCGGGAAUCCUCUACUUAGGUGGUUAUCCCAAAGACAUAAACCCUCCUCUACCCAAACAGAUCCAAUCAAGACACGGUUUCGAAGGUUGUUUGGCCAGUUUAGACCUUAACGGGGAGAGUCCAAACUUGAUAGUGGAUGCUGUGAUUCCCAGCUCUCUGGUUUCUGCUGGUUGUGAAGGUCAGAGCACCAAGUGCAGCCAUAACGUGUGUGCCAAUAGAGGCGUGUGUGUGCAGCAGUGGAACUCCUACACUUGCGACUGUGACAUGACCUCGUACACUGGGCCUACGUGUUCCGAUGAGUCGAUUGCUUACGAGUUUGGACCCAACAGAGGUAUCAUCACUUAUGUUUUUCCCGAGGAUCGCAGACCUGAAAUGAAGAGUGACGUGUUGGCUCUUGGCUUUGUGACGACCAAGGAAGAUGCAGUUAUUCUUAGGAUUGACAGCGGCACCUCCAAUGAUUACAUGGAACUGGAAAUAGUGGACGGUAACAUAUACAUGGUGUACAACAUGGGAACCAACGACCACCCUAUCGGGGACAUCAGUGUGAAGGUCAGUGACAACACAUAUCACGUGGUGAGGUUUACAAGGUCUGGAGCCAACUCUACCAUCCAGGUGGACGAUUACAACGUGCAGACCAACCAUCCUAAAGGCCACCAGCUAAAUGUGUUCAACAGUCAAGCUCAGAUACAAGUCGGUGGAAAGUGGAACCGAGGAAAGCAGCGUGUGGAGCGAGCGUUUGCAGGGGUAAUGGCAGGACUAGUACUCAACGGGCUGCGUAUCCUGGACCUGGCCGCUGAGAGUGAUCCUCGCACUGAGGUCCGUGGAGACGUCACACUACUGACGGGGAUACGCGACAGACUCCACGAGCCACUGCAGCGCAUGCAGCAGACCCCUGCGUCUGGCUACCCCGGGGUGCAGGAUGACCUGGUGUUCUCAGGGGCCGGGUCAGGCUGCAAUGCUGAUGAUGAAGACCAGUGCACUCCUGUGUUUGAAACUGGAUCUGGGGAUGAUCUGAUCACCCCAGUGUACGUACCUCCCACUCGCCCCCCCUCCACUACCAAGGGACCGAAGGAUCGCUCGCCCAAGCCAGACUGUGAUGACGAGGACUGUGUGGACGGCUCCGGCUCCGGGGAGACAACAACACUGGAGCCUGGAGGUAGCAGUUCCAUCGGCAGCUCAUCUACUCAGACUGGUGGCUCAACAACAGACACUGACUCCUCGUCUGGCUCCACCAUCAUCUCUGUAGGUCCAGAGUCAGUGAGCCCAGAGGUGGUGACAGUGGUGACCAGUAAAGGCUCCUCUCACUCCCCUCCCCCCUCUACAUCAGAGGGCUCCAGCAGUGCCGGGACCAGCACCAGCACGGAGGCUGGCAGUACGUCCACUACCUCGGUACAUCGUCCUGAGCCACCUCCGCCUCCACCACCUCCGCCAUCGCCAUCCCCAUACUACCCUGUGUACCCGCCUCGCACCAACCGCCCACACAUAUCUGCUAGAGCGGCGGAGAACACCGCUAUAGUCAUCAUCAUCAUCGCAGGCACCAUGAUAGCCAUCAUCAUCAUAAUCCUUUUAGUGCUAAAGUUCAAAAACAGAUCGGACGGAGUGUACAAGGUGGAUGAGACUAAGACUUACCACGCGUCACAGGGCCAGUCUGCGGCUUUGCUGGCCAACACUCAGUCACCUCCCACCCCUCAAGCCAUCAACGGCAACAUCAAGAACGGCAACGGUAAAACGAAAAAGAGAGAAAUCAAAGACAUAAAAGAGUGGUACGUGUGAACUCAUACCGAUUAUUAGUGACUUUCCAAAAACAUUUGUUUAUACAAUUUUAACUGUUGAACUUUGAGUAAGUGAAUGGACGAAUGCGUUGCAAAGCACAAUAUGAAAUAGAUAAGUAUUAUUAUUGUUAUGAACAUUCGUGUUGUUCGAUUUUAUAAAAGAAUAAAAUAAGGUCAAUGUUUAAUGUAAAUUAAUAAGUAUAGUGUAUUUUCAACACUUUUUAGUAUCGAAGUUAAUAAUUUCAAGUUGUUACAAGACUGAAUUAUAUAUUUUUUUUUAUUCUAAAUUACAGCAGUAUCUACCGGAUAUUAUUUAUUUCAGGUAACAGAUAUUCCUAUUUUUAAAGUGAGAUAUUAGUUUUAUUAAUAUCAUAAAUGUAAAUACACAUUAGACAGUCGGACAUUUUUACUUAAACACUUAAGGCUUUAGUAGAAAAAGAUAUGCUCCUCCUUUAAUUUCCUGCUUAUAAACUUACCAGCAAUCAAUAACUUGGAAGUAUCAUUUACCAAACUGCUUAUAAUCAAUAAGUAUACGUUUUGAUUAAGACAUACUUUUUUCUCAAUAAACAUUACUUAUACAGUAAUAUUAUGCAAAAAAGGCAAUAAAACUUAUGAUUUACGAGUACAUUGGAACUCGAUGGUUGUUAUAGUUAUUUAAGUAAAAUCAUCUGUAAAUCACAAAUUAGCCUUUUAAGUGGAAAUGGUUUAUUUAACUGUGAGUUAUAUGUUAUGUAAUUGUAAGUCGUAAGCGCAAGUAGAAAGGUGUAAAACUAAGGUUAAUAAAAAAUGAAGGUGGACCCUCAACAAAAUUAAUGGCUCGUCAACGCCUAUGAAAAUGAGUAAAUUUUGUUACAAUUGAAUUGAUUUAAUUACGCUAACUUAGUGUUCCACCUUCAAUCGACAUUUAACUCAGUUGAACAAACCUCAUUACCUAUACACUACUAGUUUGCAAAAAAAACUACUUGGUCAUGGAUUAAUACUUUUAUUUAGUGUUACCAAAUUCAAUAAUGUUGAUUGUUGUGUUAUUGUAUAACUGUGUAUAUAGCCGUUGUACAGAUGUAAAUUUGAAAUCAUUGCCACUUUUAUUUUUCGUUAAUGGUACAGCAUUUUGCUGAAUAUUAUGUUUGGCAUUUCUUGUUUAUUACAUGUAUAAAUAGUUUGUCAACUUAUUUGAAAUUCUCAAAUAUACAA